AUGUAUUACUUCGGUUUCACGCCGGUUUCCUUCACGGACGGCGUAACUAAUGCCAUCAAUGACGCUGUAUUUGAGGCCAUCGAUGAGCUGCUGGUGGUCCAAUUAAAAAGGGGUGUGCCUAAAGACGUUGCUGUUAGCGACCUCAAAAAUGUACUCGCCAAAUUGCAGAGCGCUAUUGACCGCAAUUUCGAUUUAUUUGAGCUUUACGCUCUGGCAAAUAUUUUUCACAUACCGGAGGGUGUAUGGAUUCCCACAGACAAGACUGCUGUAAAUACGUAUGGGCGCACGGAAGAGCAAAAUAUCGACGAUGAAGUACAGCGGUUAAAGUCUGCAAUCAAAACAGAGAAGAUGCGACAGGCAGUCCUGGAAGUAGAAGGGAUCAAACUGGAGGAGGCAAAAGUGACCCUUACAAAAUUAACCCAGAAGAUAGACGCGUUGACCAAGCUGUGCGUGGAAAACGAUGUCCAAAAUAUCGGCGAGCACGUUGCCUUUGUGUGCGAGUCCGCAAAUGAGCUGCAGAAAGAAGUAGGCAAUCUCAUGGCGGCGAGGCGGGCGGGUCUACGCCCACGCGCCAAGAAACAGGCUGGCGUACGACCACAACAUCCCGUACAAGCAUUGUCAUCUAAGGAUGUACAGACUUUGGCCAACGUGCUGGGGUGAAUAUGAUACGGAAGCAAAUUCCCGCCCGUACAACACACUGAGGCCAGGCCGGUACACUGUUUAAUUAUCAAACCCUAAAACAAUCCGCCACACUUUGAUAGAACAAACGUCCUGCAGAAGAAUAUGUACGCCCUUUGCUGAAGUGCAAGACGGUAACACCGGCGCGUAACCUGGCUCAUCAGAUAUUGAAUUGGUUUGAAAAUACCCGACAUUGCUCUCAUCAGUUUGAGAUUUUGUAUGUAUAUACCUGUAUAUAUGUACACAUAUAUACAUAAAUGUUUUAUAUACAUGCAUAUAUGUACAUAUACACAUACACGUAUAUCAGCACCAGAAUAGCCAUCCCGAGCUUAUAGAGGGAAUAAAAUACAGGUUCGUGUACAAAAAGCAUCCAAAAACAUAUACCGAGUGUUACCAGGUCACUGAGUAUGUAUUCAUGAAUGCUGACAUCCCGUGCACAAACGCAAGAGACACUCCCGAGUACAAGCUAAAUUUCAGAUAAAAA